GCGAUCUUAACGUGUAAAUCAGUUAUUCAUGGAUUAGUUCGUCAGCCGGCCUGGCCUGCUCUUAUAGAGUUAUAGUUGACGAAAAAGCUAGAGCUCACUGUUCUUCACAACUCAAUAACCUCCCUUCCCAAUUUCAUUUGAUAAUCUCCAGUAGCCAUGGAUCCAAACCCUACCAAUUUCCCAAUUCUCUCCUACGUCAUGUCCAAGCUACCCAGUAUGGGCCGUAGAACCACCGCCACCGCCGAUGAAUUCGACAUCGAACAGCCCCAGAACCACCCUCAGCCUCCUCCAGAACCUUACUUCGACAUCACCGAGCGUAUGCCUCAUCUCACUGACCCUAAGGUUGUCAACGCUAUGCGAUCAGCCGUUGCUGACGUGUCACAGACCCGGUCAAUGCUCAAAACCCUGGGUGAGCGGCCUUUUCACGAGCUUGUUGAUACUGCCAGGGUGAAGUUAGCUGAGAUCGAGGUGGACAUGUCCAAGCGUCUCGAGGAGAUUGUUCUGUCUCCACGUCCGCCGGAGAUGGAGAGGCAGGAUUGGAGAUUGGACAUGGCGAUUAAAGAGGAUGAAUGUCGAAAGGGUGUGGAGAAGGAGAGAGAGGAGUAUAAGGCGUUGAUAGCUUUGGAUGAAUUGCACGAGGCGUAUGAGAAGAUGUUGAAGGAUGCGGAACAGAGGUUGGAGAAGAUUUAUGAGACUGCUGUUGCUGGUGGUGAUGUGGAAUCAAUUGGAGAGUCUUCUGGUGAGAAGAGUUCUGAGUUGAAAGAGGAAGUGAAUGAGGAAGUGAUCGGGAUUUUGCAGGAGGCAUCAGGGAAGAGUGUGGAAAGGGUUGAUUUGUCAGGCCGGCAACUGAGGAUGCUGCCUGAAGCUUUUGGGAAGAUUCACUCCUUAAUUGUGCUUAAUUUGUCCAACAACCAGCUUACGGUGGUUCCUGAUUCAAUUGCGAGCUUGGAAAACCUUGAGGAGCUGCACCUUUCUUCAAAUCUUUUGGAAUCGCUGCCAGACUCCAUUGGUCUGUUGUGUAGUUUAAAGAUCUUAGAUGUCUCUGGAAACAAGCUUGUCACUUUGCCAGAUAGCAUUUGUCAUUGCAGGUCGUUAGUGGAAUUUGAUGCAGGCUUCAACAAGCUUUCUUAUUUGCCAACAAAUAUUGGCUAUGAACUGGUAAAUCUGAGAAGGCUUUCACUUUCUUUUAAUAAGCUCCGCUCGUUACCCACUUCCUUUGGUGAGAUGAAGUCCCUGCGCCUUCUAGAUGUGCACUUUAAUGAACUACAUGGGCUUCCACUUUCAUUUGGGAACUUGACAAAUCUUGAGAUCCUCAACUUGAGCAACAACUUUAGUGACCUAACUAAGCUUCCUGACACAAUUGGUGACUUGAUAAAUCUUAAGGAACUUGAUCUGAGCAACAACCAGAUCCAUGAACUGCCUGACACAAUUAGCCGACUUGACAACCUGACUGUGCUUAAGUUGGACGAAAACCCUCUUGUGAUACCUCCAAAGGAAGUCGUAGUUGAAGGGGUUGAAGCUGUAAAGGCUUAUAUGAUUAAGCGGCGGCUUGACAUACUUUUGGCAGAAGAGCCAGAAAUUAUGCUUGAAGAGGUGGGGCAGACACCGACAGGUUUAUUAACUCGAAGUACCUCCUGGUUGAGUGGUACUGUUUCAAAUGUUCUUGGAACUGUUGCAGGGUAUUUGGGUGGUGGAGGGAAGUCAGAUCCAGACCAUUAUCUCAACCAACAGUUAUGACUUAUGAGGCUAAUGAUUUCUUUCCUUUUAAGCCUUUUCACUUCUGUCUGUUUCCGUUGAAAGAAUAUGGUUGAUAUGGACCAGCUACGCCUUUCCUUUCCUUUUU